GGGCCGGUAGAUGAUCCGGGUGUUUAUCAGCGCUCGAUUCUUUGCCUGUUUCGAACAGCGGAAGAACGAUCAAACGAUUUUGACUAUACAAUUUCCGUAUCGAUGUUGGAAAUUUAUAAUGCAAAAAUUCGGGAUUUGUUAUCGAAAAACAAGAACAGUCUAUCUAUACGAAUAGGAGACACUGGUGCUUUGGAAAUUCCAGGCCUGCUUUCAUUCAGCGUAAAUACUCUGCAAGAAGUACAAGAAGUGCUGGAAAGAGGUCGACUUAAUCGGGCAAGCACAGCGACCGACUUAAAUGACCACUCGAGCCGUUCGCACGCCAUUGUUCGAGUUCAUGUUCUUGCUGUUAAUCGCACAACCGGCGCUGUCUCAGAAAGCCGCCUAAAUCUAGUGGAUUUGGCUGGUUCGGAACGAGUCAGUCAGUCCGGUGCCACAGGUCAACAGCUCAAGGAAGCCCAGUUCAUCAACCGGUCACUGUCGGAGCUUGGCAACGUUGUCAAUGCACUUCGUCAACGACAGCAACACAUUCCAUUCCGAAAUUGUCAGCUGACACAUGGAGAGAGCAAAACGCUGCUGAUUGUGCAGCUCGCUCCAGACAUGUCUGCUAUCCAGGAAACCGUUAGCAGUCUUAUUUUUGCGGAUAAGGUGAGCAAGGUGCAGACAAGGAACAUGAACGGCAAAAACUUACAACUUGGCUAUAGUUCCUUGUCGACGCCAUCAGGAUCAACGAGGUUACGGAUUUCUAAUAAUUUUGCGGGUAUACUUUGGUGA